CUAAAAAGAGUGGAGGAAAGUUUUUCUGAUUAAACCCUUGAAUAUUCGUCGAUAUGAUAGCAGGGGUUUUGCCAUUUCCAGAGCUAUAAAAACGAAACCCAUGAAGAUAAGAGUUUGAGCUCCAACAUUUAGACAUGGCAAUGGCAGUAGCGACGAAGUCCUUUGGAUUCACUGACCUCCACUCACUAUAUUCAUCUAAACUCGAGUUGAGUCAAGCUCAUACACGGCGUUCCAACCUUUCUAUCCAAUCCAAGGGCGCACCGGACGUCGGCGGUGGGCGUCGGCGGAUAUGGAGGAGAAGAAAAUUGACGAAAAAAGAUGAAAUGAUUGGAUACGCACAGGAAAGAACCCCGUUUGUGGAAGAGCAGGUGAGGGACAUAUGGGAGACUGGGAAGCUGGUGGGGUAUGACAUAGAGAGGCUGAAGCUGUGGGAGGAUAAUGUGUUUGUUUUUGUGAGGAAUUUGGCUGCUGAGGCGAAUGAGUUGGUGGAAAACAACAAAGAUGAAUAUGGAGGGAAAAAGAAAGCAAUACUUCAUGCAAUCAGCAAUAGAAUGAAUGAGAUGGGGUUUUAUAGACCAGAAGCCUAUAUGCGAACCGACCCCUUCAAGCAUAUCACAAAAGCAGAUACCGAUACCCAUCAACAAGAUGACUAGUUAGUCUAGUUGGAUUUGGAUUUGGAUUUGUUGUAGCUGUAAUAUUUUUAUGUUUUAGUUCUGGGAGGAUGGAUAACCACUAAACUAAAAAAUAGCAUAUCAUUAUCCCCACCCACCCAUCUUGUAAAAUGGAUUUUGCCAAGUUACUUUAUGAAUGUAUCGUAGGUUUUUUUUUUUU